AGAAGGGGAAAGUGAUGGGGGAUGCCUCUAGGAGAAGACUGUGGCCUGACGUUUUCCCCUGGAGCUCCAGGGCAGUGCCUGAUAGGAAGGAAGAGAUCCUGGGAGGUUGGCAGUUCCUGGUCAUCCUUGCUGGACUGAGAGGUCCUGAGUGAAGUCAUGUUGGGAGAAUAACACGGAGGUCAUGAUGAUGGAGGACUUGGCUUGAGUCCUUGGGGAAAAAGCUCAGCCCGCCUCCUGGCAGCAGUAUGGAGUCUAAGGAGGGACUGACUUCAGGUUUCCUCGUAGCCACAUUUCAGGAAUCCGUGACAUUCAAGGAUGUGUGUGUGGACUUCACCAGGGAGGAGUGGAGAUGCCUGGAUCCUGCCCAGAGGGCUCUGUACAGGGACGUGAUGUUGGAGACCUACGAGAACCUGGUCUUUGUGGGGAUUCCCAUUUCCAGACUGGAUGUGACCUGCCUGUUGGAGAUGCAAGAAGCAGCAAGGAGUCCUGAGGGCAGAGGCCCCAGAGCGUCUUUUCUAGAUGCCCUUAGUAACGAGAUCAAAUUUAAAACAAGGAACUCCAGUCUGAUGCAGAAUAUUUGCAUAGAAACAUCAUCCAGGAAGAGACUGCCAAAGGGUGCAGCCUGGCAUUGCAAGAUGGACAAAGCUGGGGAGUAUGAUGUUGAUUUAGAAAAACCAAGGAGUAACCUGGAGAGACACUCCAGACAAGGAACAAUCACUCCCAGAGCAACUUUUAAUAAAGGAAGUGGACCUCAGAGUAAUACAUUUGGGAGAAGAUUGAGCUUUGGGUCAGACUUUGAUGCACUUUGGAAAGGAACGAUGGGGAAAAGUCUCUAUAAAUAUAAGAUGCUUGGAAAGGGCUUCAAAGAUUUUCCUGCCCUAAUUACUUGUAAUACAUUCUCCUUAGGGAAGAAUUUUUUUAAGUAUACCAAAUGCAAGAAGCCCUUUAGGUACCACUCAGACCUAAUUAAAUUUCAUAGAAUACAUGCUGGAGAGAAGCACAGUGAGCACAAUAAACAUGGCAUAGCUAUUGGCAGAAGGUCAGAUUUUACUGGCCAUCAGAAUAGAGACAGAAAUGAGUGUAAGCAAUAUGAGAAAGCCUUCAGCUACAAGAGAAGUUUGAUGAAACAUAAAAGAAUUCAUAUUAGAGAGAAACCUUUUGAAUGUAAUGAAUUUGGAAAAGCCUUCAGUGAGAAGGAACAUACUGUUCAUCAGGGAAUUCAUACCGGAAAUAAACCCUUUGAAUGUAACAAAUGUGGAAAAGCCUUCAGUAAGAGGGGAUGCUUUAAUAGACAUCAGAAGUGUCAUACUGGAGAGAAAUGCUUUAAAUGUAGUGAGUGUGGAAAAGCUUUCUAUGAGAGUGGAUACUUUAUUAUCCAUAAGAGAAAUCAUACUAGAGAGAAACCUUCUGAAUGUAAUGAAUGUGGGAAAAACUUCAAUCACAGGGAAAGCCUUAUAAGUCAUCAGAAAACUCGUACUAGAGAGAAACACUUUGCAUGUAAUGAGUGUGGGAAAGCCUUCAGUGACAGUCAAAUACUCAAAAGUCACCAAGGCAUUCAUACUGGAGAGAAGCCCUUUGAAUGUAAUGAGUGUGGGAAAGCCUUCAGUGAAAGGGGUCGCCUUAAUAGACAUCAGAGGAUUCACACUGGAGAGAAACCCUUUGAAUGUAAUGAAUGUGGGAAAGCCUUCAGUGAGAGUGGACAUUUUAUUAUCCAUCAGAGAAUUCAUACCGGAGAGAAGCCAUUUGAAUGUAAUGACUGUGGGAAAGCCUUCAGUGAGAGGGGAAGUCUUAAUAGACAUCAGAGAAUUCAUACUGGAGAGAAACCCUUUGAUUGUAAUGAAUGUGGAAAAGGAUUCAACCGGAGGGAAAACCUUAUUAGUCAUCAGAGAACUCAUACUAGAGAGAAACCCUUUGCUUGUAAUGAGUGUGGGAAAACCUUCAGCCAAAGGGGAAACCUUACUACCCAUCAGAGAACUCAUACUGGAGAGAAACCCUUUGCCUGUAAUGAAUGUGGGCAAGCCUGUAGUCAGAGGGCAAGCCUCAUUUAUCAUCAUAGAAGUCAUACUGGAGAAAAGCCCUUUGACUGUAAUGAAUGUGGGAAGGCCUUCAGUGAGAGGGGAAACCUCAUUGCACAUCAGAGAACUCAUACUGGUGAGAAACCUUUUGAAUGUAAUGAAUGUGGAAAAGACUUUAGCCGGAGGGAAAACCUUAUUAGUCAUCAGAGGACCCACACUGGAGAGAAACCUUUUGAAUGUAAUGAAUGUGGGAAAGCUUUUAGACAAAAGGGAAGCCUUAUUACCCAUCAGAGGAUUCAUACUGGAGAGAAACCCUUUAACUGUAAUGAAUGUGGGAAAGCCUUUAGUGUGAGGGGAAACCUUAUUACACAUCAGAGAACUCAUACUGGAGAAAAACCCUUUAUAUGUAAUGAAUGUGGGAAAGCCUUCAGUGGGAGGGGAUACUUUAUUACACACCAGAGAACUCAUACUGGAGAGAAACCCUUUCCAUGUAAUGAAUGUGGGAAAGCUUUCAGUGAACGGGGAAGCCUCAAUAGACAUCAAAGAAUUCAUACUGGAGAGAAAACUUUUGCAUGCAAUGAAUGUGGGAAAGCAUUUAGCCAAAGGGCCAGCCUUAUUACCCAUCAUAGAACUCAUACUGGAGAGAAACCUUUUUCAUGUAAUGAUUGUGGGAAAGCUUUCAGGCGGAGGAGAAACCUUAUUACACAUCAGAGAAGUCAUACUGGAGAUAAACCCUUUGUUUGUAAUGAAUGUGGGAAAGCUUUCAGUGAAAGGGGACACUUUAUUACCCAUCAGAGAACUCAUACUGGAGAAAAACCCUUUGAAUGUAAUGACUGUGGGAAAGCUUUCAGUGAGAAGGGAAGUCUUAAUAGACAUCAGAGAACUCAUACUGGAGAGAAACCCUUUGCAUGUAAAGAAUGUGGGAAAGCUUUCAGUGGGAAAGCAAACCUUAUUAGACAUGAGAGAACUCAUACUGGUGAGAAACCGUUUUCAUGUGAUGAAUGUGGAAAGGCCUUCAGUGGGAGGGCAAACCUUGUUAGACACCAGAGAAGUCAUACUGGAGAGAAACCCUUUCCAUGUAAUGGAUGUGGCAUAGCUUUCAGUAGAAGGGCAAACCUUAUUGCUCAUCAGAGAAUUCACACUGUUGAAAAACCCUUUGAACAUAGUGACCAUGGGAAAGCUUUUUUUAAGAGGGAAAUACCCCAAAAUUGCCAGAGAAUGAAAACUGUACAGAAAUUGUUUGCUUGUAAUGAAUGAAAAAAAGCCUUCAGAGAGAGGAAGCGUCUUAUUACCCAUCAAAGAAUUCAUACUGGAGUGAAGCAUUCUGAGUAUAACAAAUACAAAGAAUAGUUUUUAAUGGUUCAGUAUCAGCCAUGCAGGAGGUCUCCUGUGCAGUUGCAAGAGUUUGUUCUUCACUCAGGCUGCUCAACAUUUAUGUCUGUGACUUGGAGAAAGGCUUAGGAGGCAUGCUCGUCACAUCUGCAGAUGACACAGAGGUGAGAGAGCCGAGGCAUCAGGUGAGAGUUAGGAUCCAGAAGGGUAUUGACAGUCUAGAAUACUGGCAUGAAUCUAGUAAGGUGAAAUUCAGUAGGGAUAAAUGUAAGUCUCAUACUGGAGUACAACAUUCAGUUUUACAAAUACCAGGUGGUGGGGGUGGUUAGAUAGCAAUUCUGAAAAAAACAUCUUGGAGUUUUACUGGCCUGCAAACCCAACAUAAGUCGACAGUGUGAUGUGGAAGACAAAAAAAAUCUAAUGUGAUCUUAGGCUCCAUUAAAUGAAACAGAUUUAGGAAUUAGGGAGCUAAUAGUAACACUAUUCUAGCCUCCCCUGAUGUCAUCUGAAUACUGUGUUUAAUUCUGAGCAGCAGGUCACAAGGUUGCUAGUGAUAGGGGGGAGAAUAUUUAGAGAAGUGCAGCUGGGAUGAUGAAGGGCCUUGAGUCUGUGUCCUGAGAAAUGGACUUCAAGUAACUAAACACGUUUACCCUGGGAAGGAGAAACAGGAACAUGAUUCUUCAAAUAUUUGAAAAGUUGCGUGAGAGAGAUUAGACUUGUUCUGUUUGGCCCUCUAGGGCAGACCUAGGAGCAAUGUGUGGAUGUUGCAAAGAUAUUAAUUUAGGCUUGUUGGUGGGAAGAACUUGGAGAAGUAUAAUAGGCUGCCUAGAGAGGUGGUGGGCUCUUCGAACAAAAGCUGGAUGACCAUUUGUUGGAUAUUUUCUUACAAUACAGUUUGUGUUUGGGGAUGGGCUGGAUGACCACUGAAGUCCAUCUCAGCUCUCGAAUUCUAUGAUUCUGUGAAUUGACCUCACCAAGAAUAGGCUGUGUGAAAGUCAAUGCCCAUUGAUAGGUGAUAGAUGAGCAGAUGGUAGUACAUGAGUAUAAUGGAAUAAUUCCACCCUGUAAGAAAGGAUGGAUAUGAGGAAUUCAAAGAAAUAUGGAAAAAAUUAUUUGAACUGAUUCAGAGCAAAAUAAGCAGGACUAACAAUAUACAUAGCAAUGUAAAUAGAAAGAAGAAAUAACCAAAACUGAAUCCUGUUUGCUUCUAAUGACUCACUUUGACUCAGGACAUGAAAAAAAAUACCUCUUUCAUUUUCAGAUGGUGGGGGAAGGAUGACUAAAAAUGUGUAAGAUUGCAUAUACUGUUGGACUUUCUUGAUAUAUUGGUUAAUUUUGUGGAACUGAUUUUUCUGUGCUUUUUUAUCCUCUGUUAAAAUACGUGGCUCUCUGUGGGUGGAGGUAGGAAUGUAUUUGAGAAUGAAAGUGAUGUAAAAACAAAAUAGAUUAAUUGAUAUGUCAAAUUUUCUUUAAAAAUGAAGUCAAUGAACAGAUUAUUCUAGGCCAUGGAUUCCCAUGCUAAGGUAUACUUACCCCCAGGGAAUAGGAGAAGUUUGUUAAGGGGAUAUAGGGAAUAUCGUAAUCUAUUUACAUUCCAAGAAUAGUGGUUAGUUUAAAAAAUACAUAUAUCUUUAUUUUUCUGUCCAUUCUGUUUGUCUGUAUUGUGUAUUAUAGAGAGAAUGGCAGGAAGACCAGGGUAGGAUGGAAAGGGGAGGCUCUGUACAGUGGUGUCAAAGUUAAAUAGAAACUGAUCCCUGCAGGCUGCAUUUU